AUGCUAGCGAUUUGCGUUGUCUGGCAAUUCAUAUGGUGCCUGUGUCAAGCUGUGCGCGACACAACGGCUGACACUCACCUCGUCAGCACCGCGCCGGCGAAUGACGGGGAUCACUGCCCCAGUGCAACUCCGAGUGGCCUGGACCUGCGCUCGCUGGCGUUGGAAGGGCCGGACUUCACCUUCAUGAAAUCUCGGGAGUUCUUUCUGUCCAAGACUGCUUCCUGCGAUGAUCCCAUGCAUGACGUGGAGCUUGUGAAGGUGAAGAAGGACACCAACGCCAAGCGCGCUCAGCUUGCGCAACGCUUCCGCGUCAAGCAGGUGAAGACAGUGUUGCAGUCUGCGGUCCAAAACAAGCUUUCUACCAAGACCUUCCAGGAAGCGCUGAUGGGAGUUCCGGGGGAGGAGGAGCAGAGGCCAGCGGUGGAGCUCCAUCUCUUCCCAGAGGACCCCAAAAAGGUGAACUCCUCCUGGCGGGCGCUCCUAGUGCCCACCACUCCAAAGGCCUUCGGCACGUGGUACUUAUGUCAGCCAGCACCAUCUUCUCCACGCUGCAUUGCGAGGUUGCCUUUCGAAGCAUUACCCUUUCACCCAAGCUCCAUGCUUGGUGGCUGGUAUUCAGUCCUCGAUCGCUAUAACUCGUCCCCAGCCCUGCUUAUCUCCCUCAUGGAAGCCGUCCUGGCUUGUGGUUCCGUUUUGCUCUCGGUUUUGGCCAUCUCUGCCGUCUAUGUCCUGGUAAGGGGCCGUGGAGCCUCAAAAGGCGAUGGUGGGGAAGACUCCGAGCCCGAGGAUUCGUUGAUGGCGAAGACGAACUGGUCGUAUCCUUGUAACUUCCACUUGACGCAGCAUGCCCAGCUGUAUCAAGAAAGUGGCGAGAAGGCUCAAGCCGAUCCACUGGAUGCUGGAAGCCGCGUGGUCGUGAAGGAAGUACAGAAGGGGAACGUGUCGCUGUCCCUGAUCUCCUUGGCUUGUGGAGGCGACGUGGCGGACGUCUUUUGGACGCUGCUGGGCAAGCCCAAGGAGAAGCUUUGGGGACGGGUGGAAUCACCUGCUGGCUGGCUACUCCUUGCCAAGGAAGGCGACGCCAUGCCGCGAGUGGUGAUGGCCGAGGACAAACCAAGUGUGAUUUUUUCAACACAUCCGGAGUUGUUGCCUUCAGUGCCUGUGCUUCUCAGAAGUAGCCUCGUGAUGCUGUCAGUGCAUGUGUCAUCUCAGUGGAUUUUGGUCGAGUUCUUCACAUCGAUGUAUUCCUUUCCCGCGAUGAUGCUUCUGAUUUUUGGGACGCUGGCUACGCACCUCUUGGUAAUGCUGGAGCGCUACCAGACCUGUGCGCUGGCCGUGCAGUAUGAUCAGGUCCUGCAGAAAAAGCGUCGCCUGCUGCAACUGCCCGCAACACACCUGAUGCCUCUCGGGAUUUUCGUGGUGCUCCAGGCUGCCAUACUGACCAUCAUUAUCGCUAAGCUAGCAACUGGUUCUGGCGAUUCUCGCAAGCAGCUUGUGUCUGAGCUGUGCUUCCUGCUUGGCCUGGCGAUGCAUGGGAAAGCCAUGUACGACAGUGGUGCUGCGCGACGGAAGUGGCGGGAGCCACAGCUGGCGAGCCAAGAGGUAUACACAGCCACAUUGGAAGCGAUGCAGAGCACUGUCGAGCAUCCCGCAAGACUCUCCAGAAAGAGAGGCCAGAGCCUGACCGUGCUUCGAGUUGUGACGAGCGCAGUCGUCGUCAUAGCCUUGAUGCUCGUUGCGCGUGUCACGCUGGACGUCCUUCAGCUGCGAGGGGAACUCGUAGACUAUGGCCUCACGAGAGGGAGGCUGAUCUAUCCUUCUGGCAGCUCCGCCUUCCACAACACGCUGCUGCUGGACCAGAAUGCCGAUUCCUUUACCGUGGACCUGCGCCUCGGUGAGUUCACGCGCGGUGCGGAGAUCAAGCUCGUACAUCCCUUCGUCACCAAGGAGGAUCGCGGAUCUGUUUUCCUAAAUGCCUCGGGUGAACAGCAGCUCUCGCUUCCCAGCGGUCCCCUUUACUCUCGGCUCUCGCUCCUGGCGGUCGGCGACUACGUCAACACAACCUAUGUCAUUCACAUCCUCCGCGUGGGCGAAGCCAUCUCCUUAGGCCUCUCUGGCAGUUUCAGCGAGGCCAAGUACCCGGAUCUGGCAGGGAUCGUUUUUCGGGAGGAGCGCCGGCUCCAGUACCAGUUGCGGCACCGCGUGUGGCACGUGCCAGACAUCGACUUCUCAGGGAAUAUCACCUUGCUUGUCAACAUGACCUCCUUAGUCUUUGCACCCAUUGUCUCCGAUGCCUUCGGCUCCCAGGAGCAGGCCGGCAAGAUUGCAGCUUCCAUCCCACGACUUGCCGAGAGAUGCGGCUUUGAGUCUGCAGGCACUUUCGCUUUUGGUUUCGGAGGCAGCAGGCGCUCAGGGCUCAGGUUCCGAAGUCGUGCAUUUUCCGCCUGA